GGUCCCCGCCGCCGCCGCCGCGAUCGGGCUCCGGUGGUGGGGGGGCAGCGGCAGCCGGGCCGGGCUGGGGCCAUGGCCCCACAGGAGCCCAUCGCGGCCGGGCAGCUCCUACGCUCCGACAGCGGCGGCUCCGGGACUCCGAUGCUACCGGAGGGUUCCGGGGAGCCCGGGCCCGGCGGCGGAGCGCGACGGCAGCGGCGGCACGGGUGGUGCUGGGGUAGCGUGGCCCUGCUGGGGGUUCUGGCGCUGCAGGUGGCCUCCACCACCGGACUCUUCGUUUACUUCUCCAUGGCCAUCUCCAAGCUCAAGGCUCAGGCUCCAGGGAGCGUGGAGGAGCUGCGGUGCCUGCAGGUCAUCAACCAGCAGCAGGAGGGCUCCAGCCUGGAGGAACUCAUCACCAACCAGUCCUGCCUCAAGCUGGCCAACACCAUCAAAGCCUACGUGGCCACGGUGACGGAGAGCGUCGUCCGCAGGAGCGCGGCGAAGGAAGCCCAGAGGAGCUACCUGAACAUCUCAGAGGGGCAGGUUCCUCCCAAAGCAGCUGGCAAGCCCUCGGCACACCUCACCCUUCGCCCGCAGAGCCUGGCUGUGGAUGGGAGCCCCGGGCGCUUCGGGAACCUGUCGCAGUCGUGCCGCCACGCCAUCGCGCGCUGGGAGGAUGGCACCAUCCACUCCCACCUGCAGAACAUCACCUACCGCGACGGGCGCCUGCGGGUCAACCAGCCGGGCAAGUACUACGUCUACUCCCAGAUCUACUUCCGCUACCCCAGCGCCGGCGCCCACCGCUCCGUCCCGCAGCUCGUCCAGUGCAUCAACUGGAAGACGUCCUACAGCCAACCCAUCCUGCUGCUCAAAGGGGUUGGCACCAAGUGCUGGGCUCCCGAGGCCAAUUAUGGCCUCCACGCUCUCUACCAAGGAGGACUCUUCGAGCUGAAGGCCGGCGAUGAGCUCUUUGUCUCCGUCUCCUCCCUGUCCAUCGACUACAACGAUGCAGCAGCCAGCUACUUUGGGGCCUUCAGGCUCGACCUGUGAGGGCCACCUCCCACCUUCCUGCUGCUCCUGCCCCUCCACUGUUCUCCCGGGGCAGCAGCUUCUUGACUAGGAUGACGGUGGGAUGGGCAUCGAGGUCAUGGAGCAACCUGGCCCAGGGUUGUUCCCUGCGUGUGUUGUCCCUUGAAGUGUGGGGCGAGCUGGAGGAGAGCACAAGGGGUGGUUGCCUGCAGAUGCCACACAUGGUUCCACCAUCCAGCCAGGAGGGAGCUCAGGAAGGGACUCCAAGAACCUAUGGGAGAUAUGGACACGGGGGUAUAUCACUUCCCUGGCUCACUUCUGGGCACCAAACAGCUCCCUGCCACAAGAGAAGCACACAGAUCCCAUCUGCAGCCACACCACCAAGUGUCACCACUGGCAUCCUCAGGGCAAAGUGCCAGGGGAUGAGGCAGGUCCAGUUCUGGGAAGGAGCGAAGGAGUUUCGGUUCAGUGGGAACUGGGAGGGAUGCCAGCACCCAGGAGGUCAAAGAGCAGGACCAUGAUGGUGGAGCAGUCACCAAUCCAAGCAGCCACACCCAGGCACAUGCCUGAGAGGCACUCCUGCCCCAGCUGAGCUGCAGAGGACCAUCCAGCACAGGAGCUCGACCAGAAGGAGCUUCACCAUCACCCUUUCCCUUGUGCUUCUGAACAAGCAUCUCCUCCCUUGGGGGUUUUUGGUCCUCCCAGCCCUGCUGGCUCCCAUCUCCUGCCCCAUUGACAAUCACCCUGCAAGGUUUCAGCCCAUAGGUGGAUCCUGCUGGGAGCAGGGCAGGAUCCCAAAGGAACAAGCCCAACCCGGGGACACUGCAAGCCGUACUGAACACAGAAUGUGGGUUCAAGGUGAACAGGCUGGCUUGGUGCAUGGACACUGUGGUGGCCACAGCCCCUCUGCAGUUACCUGUGCCCUUCCUGGAUGUCCUGAGGCUGCUGGUGGGUACAGACAGCAGGACAGGCUCCUAUGGAGGACAUGGGCACAGCUGGCACAGCUGCUGGGGGGCCUCCACCCCGGAUUCAAUAAAACCUCUACUCCAGCA